UUACUCAAUCAAUAAAAUGUAAUAUAUUAUAAUAUUUGCACAUUGAUUAAUACUUUUGUUGCAAUAUGCACAGUCUUUUUGGUUUGACCUGUGCAGAAAGGAAGAGAAAAAUAAGCUGUGAAUCUGAGAGAAGAUUGAAAAUCAGUCAGAGAUAUUCCUUAAAUAUUGUCCAUAGCCAGAACAACCGUUUGGAAUGUCCUGGAGAAGAAAGUCAUCACUGGUGUACUAAGAGGUGUUGAACAGCAGUUGAUGACAGUAACAUUGUGUGUGCUGUAAAGAAAGACCCUAGGUGGCUCUCAUCUUGGGUGCUGUUAACCUUUAGAUUCUGAGGCUGGUAACUUUUAUUUACUUAUCCUGUGCAACAGAGUAAACUCUUGUUUUUACUUUCCUGGGUGGUCCUGAUGAGAGCCAGUUUUAUCAUAACAUUUUUGAUGAUCUUUGCUGUGACUGUACUUGAGUAUACUGUUUUUGAAAUGUCCUUAAAAUCAUUUUUUUUGUCUAUACAUUUUGAGAAGUUCUUGCCGUAAUAUGGAUUAGAACAUUACUCAAAUAGGGCUAUUUACUGUAUACCAACUCUUGUAUACCAACUCUUGACAAGUUCAUAUUACAUAUUACAUAUAAUACUAAAGUUCUUUACUUUAAUAUUAAUCUACAACACAAAGUGCCUAUAAAUCGUAGGGAUUAGGGCAUAGGGAGCAUGAGUUAAGAAUGGAACGCGCCCCCUCAAGGCUGUACACUAGCUUACACUCCCUCCCUGCCUCCCCUACUUUACUGAUCCCCCCGACUCAUCACUGUAUUCAUCAGAACUAACCAACCACGUGAUGAGUUUCUCACCUCGCUCUGUUCCUCCACACUUCUAAACUAAAAAGCAAAGUCUCCUUCUUUUACUGCAGCUUUAACUAGUUAUUCUUUCUUUUAGAUUGUUUUUUUUAAUGGGAGUGAAGAAGAGCAUGUCUCCCAGUCUGCUGCUGCUCCUCUUCCUCUCCUCCCUGAUGAACUGUUCUCAGCAGGAGCUGAUUGAUGAUCUGCUGGAGAGUUUAUCUAAAGGAGUGUCCUUCUUCGAGAAGCAGAGCGGGAAUAUUAACCUGGAUGGAGUUGUUGGUUAUGUCAUUCUGCAAGCGCAGUUGCUGGAAGCGACGAGGUCCUGGCCUCAUUCAGACUUCGUGAGCCUCUCCCAGCGCUCCACAGCCAUGUCCCUGAUCAAAAAGCUGGACAGAAGCUUGACUCACGCCGUCAGGUCUCUGCAGCAGACAGACCCUAAAUAUUACAAAGAGUUUGAGCCCAUCCUGGACACAUCUUUCUGGGUUUUGCCUCAAGAAUGGAGCAGCACCGACCCCUCCCUUGUGUACUCGUCACUCAAGUCCACAGAGUGUUAUGAUGAGCAGCUUGGAGACAAGUGCAUGACACUACUGUUAGGAACCUGGAAAGACAAUGGGACACCGUGCAUCGUCACCAAGUCUUGCAGAGACACAAUGACUCGUUUCGGAUGCCCACAUUACUCGCUGUCCCACCAGCUGCUGUACUUCAUGAUCGGGACCAUGAAAGGAUGCUCCAGGAUGCUUAAAGGUGAUAUGAGGCUGUCUCGCAUCAACAUUACUGUGGAGCACUAUCAGAGGAUCUUCUGCUCCAACAUGAUGAAGAGCAAUCUGGACAGCAUCAGCAACGGCAUCACUGGACAGAUACAAGAUAUCUUCAUAGAAAACAUUCUACUGUGUGGUUUGGCUGGGUUCUCUGACUUCUAUAAAGCAGACUGGUUACAGCACAUUCUGCAGUGGCAAGACAGAGAACUGGGCUGCUUUGGAAAAGAUGAGGACUACUCACAAAUGUUUGAGGAAUUUCUGGAUACGCCCCACAAACGAGCAAAAAGAAGAGACAAGGCUAUGAAAGAGCACUGCUCACAAAUGUUUGAGGAAUUUCUGGAUAUACCCCACAAGCGAGUGAAAAGAAGAGAAAAGACUUUAAAAGACGGCUGUUCGAGUCACAUGACAGGUGUAGCCGUGAGCACGCUGGGGGGUUACCUCAACUUCUACCUGUCUGAGCAAGACAUUACCAAGAGGCCGCUGACCUGAACUCUGGAAAUCACAACAGAACAUUGCAUUCAUUAAACACACUGGUUUUUAUUCUGUAGAAAAAUAAACUGUAAUCUGUACAUUUUUAAAUAGCAGUACAGUAUCUAAGAAUGAUAACUGAGUAUAUAUAU